GACGUUCUGGAAGAUUCUCAGUCGCUGCUGGGAGGCGGGAGCGGGAGGCGGCUGUUCUGAGGGCUCCGUCCUGCCGGGGCCGUAGCGCGGCUUGUUUUCUGGCUGGAAGGAGCCUUGAUCGGUCGCUAUGGGGGUGACUCACGAAGCGGGGUUGUCUCCUCAGGCGUCGCCGCUGGAGCAGGAUCCGUGCGGGGGGAGCCCGGCUGGUUGGAGCCGGAACGCCCUGGUGUCCGAGGGGAACCAGCACCGGGGGUGCCCGGCGGCUCCCAGCGGAACAGAGACGGGGUAUUACAGAACAACAAUAAAAACGGAACCAGCUUCUGAAAGUACUUGUGUGGAGAAGAUGGUGGUUAGGAAAACAGAUGAUAUGACAGACAUCAUGGAUGACUUAAGCCUCAGUUUACCGAAGAAGAGAGAGUUGUCUUUGACAUCCAGGAGAAGUUGUGACAGGUCAUCAACAAGGUCAUCUAGCAGAUCCUCUAGCAGUUCACGGUCCAGUUCAAGUAGUUCCUCUUCAGCCUCCUCCAGGAGCUGGAGCCGAUCCAGAUCCAGGUCACGGGCUAGAAGAAAUGGUUCCCGAAGGUACAGAAGAUACUCUCGUUCGUAUUCCAGAAGCCGGUCGAGAUCACGUGGCUACAUGAGGUACCGAGGAAGGUACCAUGCCAGGCACUACAGGAGGUACCACCGCUCUCCUCCAAGGUACAGAUCACGCAGCAGGUCGUGGUCUCGUGGAAGAUCUUAUUAUAGAAGGUCUUAUUCGAGAAGCAGAUCGCAUUCAAGAGGCCGAAGAUAUUAUGGAUUUGGACGAACAAUAUAUCCCGAGGCUUACAGGAACUGGAGAAGCAGAUCACGAACAAGAUCUCGGAGUAGAUCACCUCUCCAUCUGAGUGAAAAAGACAAGAGGGAACUACUGGAAAUAGCUAAAGCUAACGCUGCAAAAGCUCUGGGAACAGAUAACAUAGUGCUGCCAGCAAGCUUGAAGAUCCUUACUCCCUCCAAAGAGAUAAAAAAUGAAAAACAAGAGCAUGAAGAUCCUGGAGAGUCAGCUGAGCAACCCAGAAGACUCUCAGAAGACAUGACCAAGAGUGGAAUGGAGAGAGCAGCCAUACAGAGAAGCAUUUCUUUCAGCCCUAAUAAUACGAUGGCAAAACCAGUACUACAGAAGCCAGCAAGCCAAGCUGUUAAAGAACCGGCAGUUUCUCUGGGAAGAGAAGAGGACAGAAAGGGAAGUCCCUAUGGGCAGUGGGUUCCUGUCAAGAAGGAGGAGAAGAAAACAUUUUUAAACUUCUCACCUAAAAGCGCACAGUUCCGGGCACGCUAGUGUGUAUUUCUUGCUGUCUGACUGCAGCAUUAUGCAUACUUCAGUAGUGAGAUUGGAAAUUUUCUGAUCAGGUUGAAGACUUGUUAAUACUGAAUAUUUAUUUUGAGAUCUUAAUUUUGAAAUCUUAGGUUUCUCUUUCAGAUCUAGAGCACAGUGAUCCAGAAGCCACAGAUGGGAAUCUUGUGUAUAUUUGUAAAUAUUUUUGUAUUGCUUUAAUGGACUAGAACUUACAGGUGGGUAACUUUUUUCUAAAUGAGAGUUUGGUAGCUGUUAUUUUAAACACUUGAUUUAUGUUGUGUAACUGUUUACUUCAAGUAAAUAAACUUUAGUUUUGCACUGGC